UUAGAGAAGAGCACAAUUAUUCCAUGCCACCAACAGCACAAAAAUCAUUUACACCACUACCUUCACCAAAAGGCACUUGUCGCAUGCGCCCACAAGCGCGUCUCAAGCCGUUUCUCUUUCGUAUAUUAGAAAAAUUGGAUUAUUUUAGCCAGGUGUCAACAGACAACAUUGCCGAAUACCAGCUGCAAUGCACCAGCAUUGGCAAGCCAUAUUUGCAAGCGAAAAUUCGCACAUCACACCAGAGGCUUGUUGUGAGUGGUGAUAUUUUAACCGAACUAUUACCGCGUUGUAGGCCAGCAUUGAUAAACGACUUGCUGCUGGUAUUGCAAUAUCUCGGCGAAUUUCACUACAAUACAUGGGAACAAGGACAGCAACGUAGAUUACUUUCAAAAAGCUCACACCGCACUCUUCACACCUUAAGCGCACAAACACUGUUAUUGUUUUUGGAAUUCUCAUCACCAUUUCAGAGUAAAUGUUUAGAUUUGCUAAAUAACUCAGGAAAUUUUCCACAGCGAAAUUUUUUGAGCGUUGCUGCUGCAGCAAGAGAGCCACCAUCUAUGCGGGCAACCCAUAAGUUUGACGAUUUGAGUUUGGCCAUUGAUCCAAGUAUAUUGGAAGAGAUGGCCAAACUUAAGCAAACAUUGUGAAAGUUUUUGAAAAUUGUUAUGUAAAAAUCUGUAACUGGAAAAUCUGCACAUACGGCAUGUUCUAUACUAAAAAAAAAAUCAAAAUGUAUAACGAAAGACAAGCAAAUUAUCGUUUACAGACUUUUCAUCGAUUUUGACUUGGCUCAAAUUGUAUAAUUUUAGAUGGCAGCAUAACUUGAGUGAUUUGACAGCCCGUUCAACUUCAAUGCAAAAAUGAUAUAUCCUAAUACGAAAGAGAAUCCAGAGAAGAGGCUCUAAAUUAGUUGGUAUUUCGAUGUGAUAAAAUUGUAUUUUAAAACACAAAUUGAUUGCCGGAAAAGUUAACGAGUAUGUAGCCUAUUUCCGUCCAAAAUAUAAAUUCUGUUAAGAGCUCUGUUAAGUUUCAGAAGAAUGCUUGAUACUUCCAGGGCAAUACAGUUAACGCAAACAGCUGCUAUUUGCGGUCUCUUGAUAACUAUUGUAUUUCUAUCUAAAGAGAGUAGUCGGCAAGUUUCAUGUGUUUGGUUUUUUUUUUUUCUUCCAAACACUGGAAGUAUUUACGUCGUUUAUUCCUAAGCGGGCGCCGUAGCGGGAUACGGUACACUAGACAGGGCUAGUUUACUGGGGCGGCAGCCCUUGGUCGGGAAAAACCCGAGUCAUUCCGGUAACGUAGAACCGGCUGCCAUGGGAAUGCGGCCGCCGUAGCCGAAUGGGUUGGUGUGUGACUACCAUUCGGAAUUCAGAGAGAACGAAGGUUCGAGUCUCGGUGAAAGAUCAAAAUAAAGAAAAUGUUUUUUCCAAUAGCGGUCGCCUCUCGGUAGGCAAUAACAAACCUCUGAGUGUAUUCUGCCAUGAAAAAGCUCCUAAUAAAAAAACCAUUGGCCGUUCGGAGUCGGCUUGAAACUGAAGGUCCCUCCAUUUGUGGAACAGCAUCAAGAUGCACGCCACAAGUAGGAGGAGGAGCUCGGCCAAACACCCAAAAAGGGUGAAAGGGCCUAAAAAUAUACAAUGCGUUAAAUAACUAGCACUAGGAUUUUGACAAGUCUAAUUUAAAUAUAUUUUUUUAAUAUAUAUUUCAUACUCCUUCCUACAAAAACUACAUAAAUCCAAGUUUCACACAUAGUACAAAUUAAAUUUAAAAAAAAGUUAAACAAAUUUUCGUCAAGAUUUCACACUUUUUAAUUCCAUAGAAUAACAAGAAAUUCGGGUUGUAAUCUUACAGCUCAUUGAUUUUUGUUAUAAAAG